CUCUUCUCUCCUCUCUCCUCUAUGUGAUUCCAGAGAGGAGACACUCGCCUACUUGAACCUUACACUUAGACAUCCUCCACGUCUCUUAGAUAGACACCUUCCCACCUCCACCUCACUGCCGACGCUCUUGGACAUCAAGUUCCUGCUGGCGACGUGUGCCUCGGCGACUCUCCGGCUCUUCAGACGGCUCAACACCACCUGAGCACCGGCGAUCUUGCCUGCCGUUCCGCAAUCAGAACUUAGAGCAGGACAGACUAAGAAGUGUUCAACAUGGCCUCCUUGAAUCCAGCUACAUCUUCCGCAAAGGCUCCCGACCAUGGCUCCGCCGUUGCUCAGGCCGUGAUCGGACGUCCUGGCCUAUCGAGAGCUGGAACAGUCUCUCGGCUACCGUCUCCUUCUGCGCCCGCUACAAGUGCCCCGCUCAACGGCACCGGCGGCGGGGAAAUGGUCCUCGAGCUGGCUGAUGGCACGGCCUUGAAAGGCAUCAGCUUCGGAGCCUCAGAGAAGAGCGUCAGUGGAGAAUGUGUAUUCCAAACAGGUAUGGUCGGAUAUGUGGAGUCUCUCACGGACCCUUCCUACGAAGGUCAGAUUCUGGUCAUCACCUACCCCCUGGUUGGAAAUUAUGGUGUCCCUUCCCGAGAAGAGGCCACCAAGUCUCUCGAUGCCCUUCUUGCCUCGCCGUUUGAGUCCUCCAGAAUUCACGUCGCAGGUCUCGUCGUAGCUUCCUACAGCGAGGAUUACAGCCAUUGGCUGGCCGCCAGCUCCCUUGGCGACUGGCUGAAAGAGAACGGCGUCCCUGCCAUCUAUGGCAUCGACACGCGUGCACUCACCAAGCGUAUCCGUCAGCAGGGUAGUAUGCUCGGUAGACUUCUCGCCAAGGAGCUUGACGCGCCUGUACGCGGCACUGUCGACGAGCCUCUAGACUGGAAGAGCCACUUCGCCGAUCUUCCCUUUGCGGAUCCGAACACGCGCAAUUUAGUCGCUCAGGUCUCGAGUCCUCGACCGCAGCUGUACACGCCCGCUAACACUGCUCCAGGCGGCUUCACACGAGCAAGUCUUCCCGCCAUUCUUCACCCCUCUGGUCGACCUAUUCGAAUCUUGGCACUCGAUGUGGGCAUGAAGUACAAUCAGAUCCGAUGCUUCACUAGUCGAGGCGUGGAACUCAAGGUGGUGCCGUGGGAUCAUGACUUUACGGACUCUGCCGUUGAAGCGGAACCUUUUGACGGUCUGUUCAUUUCCAAUGGUCCCGGUAAUCCCACCGCUUGUGCUCCCACCAUUGCCAAUGUCCAGAAGCUCCUCGCCUUGCGUGGCGCCCAGGCCUUGCCCAUCUUUGGUAUUUGCCUGGGCCAUCAAUUGCUCAGCUUGGCUGCCGGGGCAUCGACCAAGAAGAUGAAGUUCGGUAACCGAGGCCACAAUAUUCCUUGCAACGACGUCUUGAGCGGUCGAUGCUACAUCACCAGUCAGAAUCACGGCUUCGAGGUGGACGCUAGCACUCUGCCUCCUGGAUGGAAUGAGCUCUUCGUCAAUGCAAAUGAUGGCAGCAACGAGGGCAUCUACUCUACUCUCGGGCCAUGGUUCUCGGUACAAUUCCAUCCAGAGUCGACACCUGGACCGAGAGACACAGAGCACUUGUUCGACGUCUUCAUCCGGUCCGUGGUUGACUGCGCUUCUGUCAAGGCCGCUUCGGCUUCGAGUGCAGAUGAUCAGAGUCUCAGGCUUCCACCCGUCAAGUGGGUCGGGGGUCUUGCUGCCGAAAAUGCGGCGAGCUACCCGAGGGUCAAUGUCCGCAAAGUCUUAGUUCUGGGCUCGGGGGGCUUGUCAAUUGGUCAGGCUGGCGAGUUCGACUACUCCGGUUCACAGGCGAUCAAAGCUUUGAAGGAAGAAGGCAUUUACACAGUUCUCAUCAAUCCCAACAUCGCAACAAUUCAGACCUCCAGUGGACUGGCAGACAAGGUUUACUUCUUGCCCGUCACGCCCGACUUCGUCAUGGACGUCGUGAGGCAUGAGCGACCGGAUGGAAUCUAUGUUACAUUCGGUGGUCAGACCGCCCUCAAUGUCGGUAUCAAGAUCAAAGAUGAACUAGUCAAGGAAGGUGUGAAGAUUUUGGGCACUCCCAUUGACACCAUUAUCACUACUGAGGACCGAGAUCUCUUUGCUAAGGCAAUGGAGGAGAUCGGCGAAAAGUGUGCACCGAGCGCUAGUGCCGUCACCUGGGAGGAAGCUCUCGCAGCUGCUCGCAACAUUGGCUUCCCAGUCAUUGUGCGUGCCGCCUUUGCCCUCGGUGGCCUAGGCUCAGGCUUUGCCAACAAUGAAGAUGAACUUCGCAAGCUGUGCAGUCAGGCCUUUGCCAACAGUCCCCAAGUUCUGGUCGAGAGAAGUAUGCGGGGCUGGAAGGAAGUUGAGUACGAAGUCGUUCGAGACGGUCGAGACAAUUGCAUCACCGUAUGUAACAUGGAGAACUUUGAUCCCUUGGGAGUGCACACUGGAGACUCUAUCGUCGUUGCCCCUUCGCAAACCCUGGAUGACCAUGACUUCAACAUGCUGCGGUCUACCGCCGUUUCUGUCAUCCGCCACCUGGGUGUCGUCGGUGAAUGCAACAUUCAGUACGCUUUGAACCCUCAUACACGAGAGUAUUGCAUCAUCGAGGUCAAUGCACGUCUAUCACGAUCCUCUGCACUGGCUUCGAAGGCUACUGGUUACCCUUUGGCUUUCAUUGCUGCCAAGCUUGGUCUUGGCAUACCCCUCAACGAGAUCCGUAAUUCGGUCACUCUCGAGACAUCAGCCUGCUUUGAGCCGUCACUCGACUACUGCGUGGUCAAAUUUCCGCGAUGGGACUUGCGCAAAUUUGUGCGAGUGUCUAGCAAAUUGGGCUCAAGCAUGAAGAGUGUCGGUGAAGUAAUGAGUAUAGGAAGAUCCUUCGAGGAGGCCAUCCAGAAGGCUAUUCGAGCCAUCGACGGGCAGCUCGACGGUUUUGGUGCGAACGCGUACGGUCCGUCCGACCCCGCAGAGAUUGACGAGGAGCUUCGUGCACCUACCGACAAGCGAAUGUUUGCCAUUGGAAAUGCGCUGCAGCAAGGCUACUCUGUGGAUCGUAUCCACGAGCUGUCCUUCAUCGAUCGCUGGUUUUUGCGCAAGCUUGCCAACAUCACAGAAGCAGAGCGGGUCUUCUCAACCUACUCUGCUGCCACUUUGCCAAUUGGUAUGCUUCGUCAGGCCAAGCAGCUUGGUAUCAGUGACAUUCGACUGGCAAAAUGCAUGGCUAGCACAGAGCUUGCCGUGCGAAGAUUGCGAGUUGAAAAUAACAUCAUGCCAUUUACGAAGCAGAUCGACACCGUUGCGGCCGAAUUUCCGGCUUUCACCAACUACCUUUACACAACCUACAACGCUACCGAACACGAUGUCGCAUUCGAGGACAAGGGUAUCAUGGUCUUGGGAUCUGGUGUCUACCGCAUUGGGUCUUCCGUGGAGUUUGAUUGGUGCGCUGUUCGGGCGAUCAGGACUCUGCGAAGUGCUGGUUUCAAGACCGUAAUGAUCAACUACAAUCCCGAGACUGUCUCCACGGACUACGACGAAGCCGACCGCCUCUACUUUGAGAACAUCUCGAUGGAGACAGUCCUAGACAUUUACGACGCUGAGCGCUCCUCUGGAGUCAUUAUCUCUAUGGGGGGUCAGACGCCGAACAAUAUCGCACUGCCCUUGUACAGACAGGGCGUCAAAAUUCUGGGCACUUCGCCUGAGAUGAUUGACAUGGCGGAGAAUCGCUACAAAUUCUCUCGGAUGCUUGACAGAAUCGGUGUGGACCAGCCUCUGUGGAAGGAGCUGACUAGCUUCGACGAAGCACGAGAUGCUUGCGCACGCUUCGGAUACCCCGUUCUCGUCAGGCCUUCGUAUGUCUUGAGUGGCGCUGCGAUGAAUGUUGUCUAUUCGCCUGAGGAUCUGGACUCGUAUCUCUCGCAGGCAACUGCUGUCAACCGCGAUCAUCCCGUUGUUAUCACUAAGUAUCUUGAGGGCGCAAAGGAAAUCGAGAUGGACGCUGUUGCCAAGGACGGGAAGAUGGUCAUGCAUUACGUCUCUGAGCACGUCGAAAAUGCCGGAGUCCACUCGGGCGAUGCCACACUCAUCCUGCCCCCUCAAGACCUUGACCCUGAGACGGUGCGCCGCAUCGAGGUGGCUACGAGCAAGAUCGCUGCCAGUUUGCACGUCACUGGGCCUUUCAACAUUCAGUUCAUCGCCAAGAACAACGAGAUCAAGGUCAUUGAGUGCAAUGUACGAGCUGCUCGGUCAUUCCCCUUCGUGUCCAAGGUCACAAAUGUUGACGCAAUCGAGAUGGCUACUCGCAUCAUGGUAGAUCUGCCUAUUACCCCCUACCCUCAGCUGAAUCUCCCACGUGACUAUGUCGGCAUCAAGGUUCCCCAAUUCAGCUUCUCUCGAUUGGCCGGAGCUGACCCGAUCCUAGGUGUUGAAAUGGCUUCCACCGGUGAGGUUGCUUGCUUUGGACGAGACAAAUAUGAGGCUUAUCUGAAGGCGAUGCUGGCCAGUGGAAUCAAGCUCCCCACAAAGAAUGUCUUGCUCUCGAUUGGUAGCUUCAGCGAAAAGCAGGAAUUGCUGCCUGCAGUGCGCACCUUGCACCAGCUCGGCUUUACUCUGUACGGUUCCAGUGGUUCUGCCGACUUCUACACUGAGCAAGGCAUUCCCGUCAUUCAUCUGGAGGCCUUGCCAGAGGAUGAUACGCCUGGAGAGGAUAACAGCAAGGCAGCUUACUCUCUACUCAGCCAUCUGACCCAGGGUCUCGCUUCUCUAUUCAUCUCGCUGCCUUCGAAGAACAAGUAUCGCCGACCCGCUGCAUUCACCUCGAUGGGUUACCGAGCUCGACGCCUGGCUAUUGACCGUUCGGUCCCUCUGAUCACCAACGUGAAGAACGCAAAGCUCUUUGUUGAAGCUCUGGCCCGUUAUCGCCGAAACGGCAGCCGCUUCCCGAUCUCUACCGUUGAUUUCAAGACAAGCCACCGUACUCACACAUUCCCUGGCCUGGUCAAUAUACAAGCUUUCGCACCUGGUGUGACGGAUGUUGCCAGUGGUGCACGGGAAAUUGCGCAGCUCACAAAGGCUUCUCUGGCUGGCGGCUUCACCAAUGUGCAACUGCUGCCGUUGGGAACAUCGCCCAGCAAUGGCCUUACGGACGAAGCAUCUCUGACAGUUGCCGAGGGCAAAGUCGCAGGAUCAUCUCACUGUGACAUCUCCCUUAGUCUGUUGGCUACUGCCGACAAUGUUGAGACGAUCAGCAUCCUCGCCGAGCGAACGCGAUCGUUGUUCAUAUCCUUCAACGGUCUAGGCAACAAUGUGAGCAAGGCAGCUGUUAUCGCUGCUCACUUUGCGAAUUGGCCGGCAGACAAGCCCAUCGUCACGGACGCUCAGGGCACCGACUUAGCAUCAGUGCUUCUUUUGGCCUCUCUGCACAGCCGCAGCAUCCACGUCACCAACGUCUUAUACCGUGACGACAUCCAGUUGAUCGCUCUGAGCAAAGCCAAGGGCUUGCAGGUCACGUGUGACGCAACCGUCUAUGCACUAUUCUUCUCAAGUGAGAUGUUCCCUGCUGCUACGUGUCUGCCUUCGACCAAGGACCAGGCUGCUCUCUGGGCCAACCUCACGGAGAUCGACAUGUUUUCCGUGGGCACUACGCCAUAUCAGUUGUCCAAGGAGCUCGGACACAGUCCGUCCGCGGAGGCGGGUGUAGCUGAGACGCUGCCGCUGCUGCUGGGGGCGGUAAACGACGGUAGGCUUUCGCUCGAUGACAUUCUCGAGCGACUGCACACUAAGCCAAGACAGGUCUUUGGCAUCUCAGAGCAGCCAGAUACUCAUGUAGAAAUUGAAGCGGACAGGCCAGUGCCCUUCGUGAAGGGACAGCACUGGUCGCCUCUUGAAUCUCAGGCGACUGUGGGAGCGAUUCACCGAGUGCUGCUUCGCGGCAAGACAGUCGUGAUAGACGGAGACGCCUUCUCCAAUGGCACUCUUGGCCAGAACGUGUCGAAUCUCUCCGCCAAUAUGAAGACUGUCAAGACCUCUCGCAGGACCUCCUUCGUGGACUCUACUGGUCGUCGUGCCUCUGUUGACAGGGGUCUUUACGACCCUCAUCAGGUCGCUGGCACUCCUAUGUCGCCAUCUAUUGGCCCGCUCAACAGCCUGCGCUCCCCUCAGAUCGCCGCAAAUGACUCUGGCACUCCGAUGUCACUAGUUCCUCGUUCGACUCUGGCUGAGCAGCAGCCGCAACAGCAACAACUCGCUUUGAAUGGACAGCGACUGGAGCAAGAAUCUACUCUACCAUCUCUACGCUCUCUUAUCCGGCAUCCGACAUUCUCCAGGCGACAUAUUCUGAGUGUGCGACAAGUAAAUCGAGAAGACUUGCACACACUGUUUGCUGUCGCAUCCGAGAUGAGAGUCUUGAUCGAACGAGACGGCAUGGUAGACGUUUUGAAGGGCAAAGUGCUCGCACUGCUGUUCUACGAAGAUUCUACUCGCACUUCUGCUUCCUUCGAGACUGCUAUGCUUCGGUGCGGUGGUCAAGUGGUCAAGAUCGAUACAUCCCGAUCUAGUGUGCAGAAGGGAGAGACGCUCGGAGACACUAUCCAGACUCUCGGCUGCUACGCCGACGCCAUUGUUAUGAGACACCCAGCUGUCGGCUCUGCUCAGCAGGCUGCCAAAUUUUCACCCGUGCCCAUUCUCAAUGGAGGAGAUGGUAUCGGUGAGCACCCAACGCAAGCUAUGCUCGACGUUUUCACCAUUCGUGAAGAAUUAGGGACGGUCAGCGGCCUGACGGUGACUCUGCUGGGGGACCUCAAAAACGGCAGGACAACUCACUCAUUAGCUCGACUCUUGGGACUGUACGGCUGCAAGAUCAACCUGGUCUCCCCACCCGGCCUCGAGUUCCCCGCUCAGCUACGAGCUGAGCUCAGCAAAAGCGGGAUGAGGUUCUAUUCGACUAACAGUAUCGAGGAGGUUCUCCCCACCACUGAUGUCUUGUACGUCACCCGAAUCCAGCGAGAGAGAUUCGCCUCUGACGAAGAGUAUGCAGCCGUGCAAGGCUCGUACGUGGUGAACAGCAAGCUGCUCCUCGGUGCGAAGGACACUUGCAAGGUUCUCCAUCCUCUGCCCCGCACGGGUGAACUCGACCCGGAGGUCGAUUUCGACACCAAGAGAGCAGCCUAUAUCCGACAGAUGAAGGCGGGUCUGUAUCUCAGGAUCGCGCUGCUGACAAUGGUGAUGGCGUGAGCAAUACAGCGUGAGUCUAUUUGGGAGGUGCAAAAGAAGCAGGCACGAGCGAUACUUUUGUUGAAUGCAGACGCGAAAAAAAGAAGGAGUCAGAAGUGGCAGUUUCUUUGUUACAUAAAUUACAUUGCAUGGUUGUGAUCUAUCUUGCAAUCUGGGCUGAGCU